AUGAGAGUAUUUCAGGGUAACCUGAAUAGAAGCAGGACGGCGCAUCACCUUCUAGCCCAGCUUUGCUCUGAGAAAAAAGCUGAUAUUGUUCUAAUCAGCGAACAGUACCAGGACAGAGCAGGAGUAGGAAGGUUCGCAGACGAAUUGGGCACCGCGACCAUCUGGAUCCCAGAUCCCCGACUAAUACAUGUGUCGGACCAAGGAACCGGAAACGGUUACGUUUGGGUGAGACAUAACUCGACGACAUAUGUCAGUGUAUAUCUCACUCCGAACGACCGGAUAGACGACAUCCAGAUCAAACUGGACGAUCUGGAAGACGCGCUGCGGGAAAUGCAAGGGGAUCUCAUUGUGGCUGGAGACCUCAAUGCCAAAGCUCUCGAAUGGGGGCCUGGCUACAGGGAGACGAUCCCGGAUGUCUCUCUAGCCAACGAACACCUUGUGGCAAAAGUCGCAGGUUGGCAGGUGAUCGAGGAUUAUACCGGGAGCGAUCAUCAGUACAUCCUAUUCGCUGUACAAAAUAGGAGGCCAGCCGUGCCAAGUGUAAAGCGACCCCCCCGGUGGAACAUUGCAAGAAUGGAUCGAGAGAGGCUGUCUUCCGUCAUAGAGGAAGGAUGGAGAUCCCAACAAAGUACUUCCGCGAGUCUAUCGCAAACCGCACAAGCGAAGUUGAUUGGCGCAGCAACCAUGCAGCUCAUCCAAAAGGCUUGCGCGAUAGCGGUGCAAAAGAAUGGCACGAAACGGCAGAGAUGCCCUGUAUACUGCACAACGAGCGAAGAGACGCGACCACGACGCUGCUCCUUUGGCCGCAGACUAUCAAGCGGCCAAGAAAGCGCUGAAGAGGACCAUCAAGGCCAGUCAACGACGGUGCUGGAAGGAGCUGUGCCUGGAUGUCGACCAGAAUCCGUGGGGAUUAGGCCGAAGAGAGAGAUCAGCUUGGAUGCGCCCGGAAUAAGCGAGGUACCGCAAUUCACGGAAGAAGAGCAACUCAGGGCCGCAUCUUCUACGCGGAACAAGAAAGUUCCAGGUCCAGACGGACUUCCAGCAGAAAUAAUUAAAGUUGUCGCGCAAAGUCAUCCUGAGCUAUUGCUGAACAUGUAUAACACGUGCCUCAGAGGGGGCAUCUUCCCCGCUCCAUGGAAGAAAGCGAAGCUUGUGCUUAUUAGCAAGGGCAAGGGUACAUAA